CAGGGUCCGGGGAGAGCGGCUAUAGUGAAUGCAGGAUCCAUGGAGAGCGGAAUAUAGUGAAUGCAGGGGUCCGGGGAGAGCGGAUAUAGUGAAUGCGGGGUCCGGGGAGAGCGGAUAUAGUGAAUGCGGGGUCCGGGGAGAGCGGAUAUAGUGAAUGCAGGGUCCGGGGAGAGCGAUAUAGUGAAUGCGGGGUCCGGGGAGAGCGGAUAUAGUGAAUGCAGGGUCCGGGGAGAGCGGAUAUAGUGAAUGCAGGGUCCGGGGAGAGCGGAUAUAGUGAAUGCGCGGUCCGGGGAGAGCGGAUAU